CCGGGCCAGGUCCAUGUGCGCGCGCUCUCGUGCUUGCCGCCACGUGACGCUCUCACUUUCCCUUGCGAGUUUGACAGGAGUUUUGACGGGGCUUUUUUUUUCGCAGCUCUUCUCAGGAGGGAGCUGCAGUCCCGGCCGCCGUCAGCCCCGCCGCCGUGCCGUCCCUCGCCUGUGAAAGCCCUCCGCCCAAGCCUCGGAGGAGCAAGGAAGCCUCGCUCUGCCUGGCUGCGCACAGACGGACCCGACCCUCGCCGAGCAUGUCCGAGCCCAGCGCCCAGACAGCGGACAAGGAGUCCCGAAGCCCGGCGGCCCAGCUGCUUUUGGGGCUGCGUUGGGGCCGCCUGGAGGAGCCCCUGGGAUUCAUUAAGGUGCUGCAGUGGCUGUUUGCCAUUUUUGCUUUUGGAGCCUGUGGUUCUUUCAGUGCAGAAACAGGGGCUACUGUGAAAUGCAAUGCAGAGCCUAAAGAGAUGACCGCCAUCACUGUGCAGUUUGGAUAUCCCUUCAGGUUGUACAAAGUUCCAUUUGACAUGCCAGUCUGUGAUCCGGAUUCUACUGAUAAAAGGACGCUGCAUCUCAUGGGAGACUUUUCAGCACCUGCUGAGUUCUUUGUGACCUUGGGUGUCUUCUCUUUCCUGUAUACCAUGGCAGCCCUUGCUGUCUAUCUGCGAUUUCACUCCCUCUACAAAGAGGACAAGAGACUUCCUUUUGCGGACUUCUGUAUCACCGUCUCAUUUACUUUUUUCUGGCUUGUGGCAUUUUCAGCUUGGGGCAAGGGCCUGUCAGAUGUAAAAGGGGCCACUCGGCCCUCCAGCCUCAUUGCUGCUAUGUCCGUGUGCCAGCUCAAAACUGCUGUAUGCAAUGCAGGGGCUACACCCUCCAUGGGACUAGCCAACAUCUCUGUGCUGUUUGGUUUUGUCAACUUUAUACUGUGGGCUGGAAACUGCUGGUUUGUCUUUAAAGAGACACCUUGGCAUGCACAGACCACCAACAAGGAAAGCUCUGCUGAACAAGGAGCGGUUGAUAAGCAAUAAGGAACCUACACCCCUUGCUCCUGAGCCCUCCUCUUACCCACGAAGAACAGACAGUGCCUUUUCUUAUAUACAUGUUCAUCUCUUUUCACAGCAGUGUAGGAAAUGUGCCUGCUGUGUCCAUCUCUGCUGCUGUCCAGUGGUCAUGCAGGCCUCCCUCCGUGACUGUUAUGGGAUGCCUUCCUCUCACUCAAACCAGAAGCCUUCUUGUGGUCCUAGACUGUACAUGGUUGCAACAAAACGUUUAUUUCAUCUGUGUUUAAUUUUUUUUUAUAAAUGUACAUUAUUGUACAUUGUAACUUUGGCCAUAAGUCCUAAGCUGUGUGGCAUUUGUUUCUUCACAGCUGUUUUUUUAUCAGUUUAAAGAAAACUAGCUAAGCUAAGCUGGGUGAGUAAGGGGCAUAGGGAGAGCUGAGACACUAGUGCUUCAGACCCUGGAUCAUCUGGGUACUUUCAACAGCAAGCACUCCUUUGACUCGGCAGCUGUAAUAAAAAAGCAAAAACUAUGCACUUGACUUAGCAGCAAAAGAAGGGAGAAAACAGAGGGAAUAUUUUUACUUUCAGUAUGCUGGAAGGAAGGAGGAUGUGGUGUUUCUGUCCAUUGCAUUGUGACGUUUGAAUGUGCUUCCUUGAACACAACUGGGUUAAUGUCUAACACCUUUUGCCAGCAAAAGGCUUGGUUCCCCUAGUGGGUAAAGAUAUUGUGGCUGUUUUCUAGUCAUACACAGGUGUGUAUUGUGUACAUGUUGAGCCACAGGUGCUGAACCCAAGGAUGACUGGGGUUGCUAAUGCAGAGAAAGGCAAUGGCAAAAACCACCUCUGCUCAUCCCUUGCCUUGAAAAACCCUAUGGGCCUGGGGUCACCAUGAGUCUGUUGUGACUUGAUGGCCAGCAAUUAUUAUUAUAUUAACCUGUACAGUAGCUGCUGGCUACUAUUUCCCUGUGCUAUGCUUUAUGCAUAUAGUGAUGGCAGAUCCCUUCACUAUGUGGAAGCCACAUCUUCGGAGUCUUUUUGUCACUCCUCUGAUGCCAGUCACAGAAAUGUGUUUCAGUGUCUUCUGGAGCUUGUUUUAUUUUUAAAUACAGCACAACCAGUGGUCCUCCUUGGGUAUCCAAAGCUAGAAAUAUAUGCUCAGCUCCCCGAAUAGUUAGUUAUAAAUCUUGGGGCCUAAGAGACCUAGGGCAUUCAUUUCCUACUUGAGAAACAUGCAGCUUGUUAUAUUGUUGACAGUCCCUCUGGCUAAUACUUCAGGACUGUCCCACUAUUAACAUGAGCUGCUGAGCCCUAUAUUUUCUGUUGUUUGUUGUUUGUUACGGAACUCUUGUAUGCCGCUGUCACCUGCCCUCAUCCUUUUCAAGUCCAGUGUGACAGUAGAGAUCUGACUGUAGAACUUUCAGGGAUGCCUGACUAAUGCCUAAUGUAUCCCAGGCCUUCAAGGAAACACAGGGAUAUUUUUUUCGUAAACUGAGAUCCCUGCAUGAGCCUCUGGCAGAUGAUGGGACCACCACAGCACAAGUUUAGGAAAAUAUUAGUAUCUAUUUUUUCCUGUGCCUUUAAAAUAAUCAAUACUAUCAAUGAGAAACAAUUAACUAUUACAUAUGUUAGGAAAGUUAUUGGGUGGGUCGUCUCUGUCACUUUCUUCUCUCUGUGAAUUAUGCUAUUGCCUGGAGUUUGGCCCCAAGUCUAUUCUUAACCCUUGUUUCCAUUUCCUGAAACCUUUGUGAGUAAACAGAAGAAGUACUGAGGGCUUCAAAAAUCUUUAAAUCCCCCUGUUCUCAUAUAUCUAAUCUUGGGUGGAGAAAUUUAGUAUUUUUUGGAGGGUGAGGUACAGUGGGAUGAGGGCAUCAGACCUCUGUCUGCUCUAUUAAACUCUUCUCAUCAGACCUUGUUUGGACUUGGUCUUUCUCUUGUUUUCCUGUUCUCUUCCUCAUUUCCAUGCCUGGGGAGAGGAAUUCUUUUUGAAGGAGAAAUAUUAAUGGUGCUUCAUUAUUUGUGGGACCUCUAUGUUAAGCCCAGCUGCCCUUUAUAUCUUUUUUGUACAUUUCCCUCCUUGUUCCUAACUUGAGUCUUGCCAUCACACUCCCACCUCUGCAUCACAGAACAUGGAUUCCUAUAACAUCUCUGUAGUGGAGCCACGGGCCUUAAAGCCUAUAGUCACCCUGAUGGGCAGCAGCAUCCAGGUUCCUGCAACUAACGCCUGGUUUGAUACAAUAAGAAAACUAGCCAGUAGAAAGAUUUCCCUAAACCUUCCAAUCCUAGUGGUCUAUUAGGAUGAUUUUUAAAAUCCAUGUUUUUGGCCACCAGCCAUACUUUUGAAUGCAUAGGAAACAGCUUAAACAUAUGCUAGCACAGUCUGUGACUGCCCUUUCUAGAAUCUUUCUUGGAGCGCUUCAUAGUACAGACACUAUGGACACGAGAGAGUAAGUCAGCCUUCCAUGUCUUCUGUCAAGAGAAAUGAAUCUUUCAUCCCAUAUAAAAGGUCUGAUUUAUUCUUCUGUAUCUUAUGGGGAUAUUUGCUAAGGUCUUAAAGAUUUAUCCAAGGUCAUCAGCUAGUCUAAAUCAGUCACAAAAUUGAGUGCUGCCAUUUUACACCAGCUGAAGAUAUGACCUUUGCAAUUAAGCUGGGCACUCAAAACUGCUGGACACGUUAUGUGUGCAAACUGGCAGUAGAAGUAGAAUAAAUUGAGGAGUGGAUCUGAUCCAAUCAGAAGUAAUAAUUUGUGAAAAAAGGAAAUGAUAAUUGCAUACCAUUGGUCAUACUGUGAGAUCUGUGAAUCUCUUCACAUGUGGCUCAUGUUCAUGUGAGUUUGACUGUCCCUGUAUGUAUAGGGAAUGAGACAAAUAAUAUAUAGUUUGGCCUAGUAGUACUGCUGGACCUCCUGAUGGCACCUGGUAUUUUUGGCCACUGUGUGACAGAGUGUUGGACUAGAUGGGCCAUUGGCCUGAUCCAACAUAGGCUUCUCUUAUGCUCUUAUGUAAAGUUGGCAUUUCUCCUGUGCCGAUCAUAGAGAGCGCUGUUGUAAGCAGCAAGUGCAGAAUGCAUCACAGCCUUACAGGUUUUCUUCUUUGAUAGACUAGGUUGCAGUGAAACCACAGUCAUCCUGCAUGACUAAUGCUCUCAGACGUCAAGCUGCAUGACGGUAGUUUUGUUGCUGCCACAGCAUCCUUUGUGAUGGGGCCCCAUAUGUCACUGACUUCAGGCAGGUGACUGGGGACCAGCAGAACUCAUAUCCUAAAGAGAGGCAAGGGCUUUAUAUUUUCCUGUAUGUUGCAAAGUAAUUCUAAGGGGGAGGGCCCAGGCCUGGCUCUCAUGAUGUGUUUAGUGUGCAAAGUGAUGUGCAAGUGCUCCAUGUGAGAAUCUGUGUGGUUACUGAUGCACUUGUGUUUUUUCAGGUGCUUAUUGGUAUGCCUUCUAAUAAGUAUCUGAAGAGGGAGAGGUGGGUUUGGGCAGGCUUUCUUCACACUUACCUACUGUAUCAAGUGUAGUCUUUUUCCAGCCCAAUUCAUAAAAUGUAGGUAUCUUCCUAAAGACUACACUGCUAUUCUGACUAUCCCUUCACAACAUCAGCUAGCACAGUUCUGUAGCUGCAAUUCCUACUGAAUUACCCACAACUGGUGUGUGAAUGGUGUAUAAGCACAAUCACAUGUUUAAUUUGACCUCUGUCUGACAAGUGUCUCCUGAUGUUCUGAGGCUGUAUACAGAUGAGGUGCCCUAGCUAGUUUGUUAUUGUGUAUGUGGAAGGGUGAUGUCAUAAGCAUGCCAUUGCCUGUGGUAUACACAUUCACUUUUUUGUCCUGCCCUGGUGUCCGAUCAAACCAGUUUUGUACGUCUGCACACUGCACCAAAUUGUACAGUGAGAUACCUGACAGGUGACAAACACCCAGGUGUGUGACUAGCACAACUACAAUAGUGUGUGAAUUUCAGUGUUACUGGCAGGGGAUCCUAUUAAAUAGUGUCCAUGAUUAGCAAAGCUUCUGCCCUUUCCCUGCAAUGUCCAAUGCAUUUUUGGAACUUAAAGGCUUUGGGAAUUUGUGUGUGUGUGCGCAUAUGCAUUGGGAAGGGAAAAUGUUCUGUUCCCAUUAAGAGUUAAAUUGGUUAGAUUAGAAGUUUAUUGCAGUUUACUUAGUCACUUUUGCUGCUCUGUUGACUUGCAGUAAGAUUCUUUUCCCCCAGUCUGGAUAAAAACUUUUUUGUUUUGGAAAUGUUUUGAGGUUUAUUUCAAUUACAACACACGGCUCUUUUUAAAAAAACAGCCUGGUUUGAAAGAAAAAGAAAUGUAAAUGCAAAAAACAUGUGAAAGCAUGCAUUUAACAAUCUCCUGAAAUAUGCCAGCCUCCAGGUGGGACCUGGGAUCCCCCUGGAAUUGCAGCUCCUCUCCAGGCUAGAGAGAUCAGAUUCCCAUUAAGGUCCCUGUCUUCCCCAGGCUCCAUCCCCAAAUCUCCAGGAGUUUCCCAACCUGGAUCUGGCAAC